CCCCCUCAGCCAGAGUUCUCGCUGUCCCACAGGCCGCCAGUCAUCUCCCGGCUGGCACCAUGAGCGGACAGAGGCUGGUAGAAGAUGCGGCCACGGCCUCCAGUUAUCAGGACUUCCAUGUGGAGCACUUCCACCUGGAGCUCAGUGUGGACACCCAGGCCAGGAAGCUGAGCGGCUCGGAGAGGCUGGAGGUCCGGGUGAUGGCGGAGAGCAGAGAACUGCGGCUGGACUCCUACCAUGAUAUGAAUAUAGAGCGGGUGUGGGGAGAGCUGAGUGCCGGGGAUAGGAAGGAGCUGACCUGGGAGAACCGACCCUUCACCAGCUAUGGCACCGUCCUUGUCAUUACCCUGCCCGAGCCUGUCCCAGCGGGGAGCACCAUCUACAUCACUAUAGAUUACCAGGUCGGCAACAACCCGGGGGUAUGCUGGCUGGAACCAGAGCAGACGGCUGGAAAGAAGAAGCCUUACAUGUAUACACAGGGUCAGGCUGUUCUAAACCGCUGCUUUUUUCCAUGCUUUGAUACACCUGCUGUUAAAAGCACCUAUUCAGCAAAUAUAAAGGUUCCUGAGGGUUUUACCGCAAUUAUGAGUGCCAACAACUGGGAUCGUAACGGCGAUACAUUCAUCUUCAAAAUGACGCAACCUAUUCCUUCUUAUCUUGUUGCUCUAGUAGUCGGGGAUAUUGUUUCUGCAGAAGUGGGGCCAAGGAGCAGGGUUUGGGCAGAACCAUGCUUGAUUGAUGCAGCCAAAAAAGAAUAUAAUGGUGUAAUUGAAGAAUUUCUAACUGUAGGUGAAAAACUAUUCGGGCCGUACGUAUGGGGCAGGUAUGAUGUCUUGUUCAUGCCUCCAUCGUUUCCAUUUGGUGGUAUGGAGAACCCCUGUAUCACAUUUGUCACCCCAUGUCUGCUGGCCGGCGAUCGCUCUUUAGCUGAUGUUAUUAUCCAUGAAAUAUCCCACAGCUGGUUUGGUAACUUGGUGACCAAUGCUAACUGGGGAGACUUCUGGCUGAAUGAGGGUUUUACUAUGUAUGCCCAGCGGAGGAUUACCACUGAAAUCUAUGGUCAUGCAUACAGUUGUCUUGAAGCAGCCACAGGAAGGGCUCUUCUUCGUCAGCACAUGGAUGCAUCAGGAGAAGCACAUCCCUUAAACAAGCUCAGAGUUAAGAUUGAACCUGGAGUGAAUCCAGAUGACACCUACAAUGAGACCCCUUAUGAGAAAGGAUUCUGCUUUGUAUCUUAUCUUGCUCACCUCGUUGGAGAUCAAAGCAAAUUUGACAGUUUUCUUAAGGCUUAUGUUGACAAAUUUAAAUUUCAGAGCAUAACUGCUGAUGAAGCCUUGGCAUUUUAUUUAGAUUACUUCCCAGAGCUUAAAGCAAAGAAUGCUGAUAAAAUCAAGGGCCUGGAAUUUCACCAUUGGCUAGAUACCCCUGGUUGGCCUGCCUUCUUGCCAGACCUAUCUUCUGGCACUUCGCUCAUGAAACCAGCUGAUGAGUUGGCUGAUCUCUGGUCAUCUUCUCCACUGAAUAUGCAAGCUAUUGAAAAAAUGGAUGUUUCUUCUUGGAAAACCUAUCAAAUGGUCUACUUUUUGGAUCGGGUCCUUGCAAAGUCUCCUCUACCGCCUGGUAACGUGGAAGAGCUUGGAAAAUAUUACAUAAAGAUUUCAGAAGCCACCAAUGCUGAACUCCGUCUUCGCUGGGCUCAAAUUGUGCUGAAAAAUGAUUACCAGGAUCAUUUUUCUAAAGUCCGUGACUUCUUGUACUCUCAGGGAAAACAGAAGUACACAUUGCCAUUAUACCGUGCUAUGAAAGCUGGAUCAGAGGCCGCUCGUGCUCUAGCCACAGAAACUUUCCACCAGACAUCUCCACAGCUUCAUCACAAUGUCCACAGUUAUGUGAAAAAAAUCCUGGGAGUGUGAAAAACAUUACAUAAGAUGAAGACACCAAAAACGCACAGUAAUUUUUACUACACUCAACAUCCAUCUCCUGGCAUACAGAAAUAGAUUUUUAUAGCUUGGCAAUUACAUUUAAAAUUGUUUAAUGAAACUUCAAUCAAUACUGUGCUGGUAGCAUUUAAAAAAUAUAAAGUUGUUAAACAUUUAUAUAGGGUGAUCCUGCAUUUAAAAUGUAAUUCCACACAUACAUCUACACUUCUUUUUUUUUUUAUUAUUGCAAAAAGAGGGCUUUUUAAUAUUACAGAACUGGCUAGAACUCAUCACUAUGUCAAUAGCUUACAUAUGUAUAAUUGGGAACAGAACAGCUGCAAGAAUAUCAUAUUGUAUCAUUUGCUUUAUAUGAAUACGAAGGAAAAAGGUUGGAUGCACAAUAAAAGUUGACAUUACUGGCACACAUUUUAUAUUUUGAACAAGCAGAUUAGCACUUAACAUAUCAUUUUAUUAUGGAUAAGGUAGUGGUGUAAAACGUAAACCUUUCAUGAGAUGUGUAGGGACUGCUCAUCUACAAAUACAAGACACCUGACUGUUAUGUUGAACCACUGGCUUUAAAACUUUGAUUCAGUAACCAGAACAAGGAUACAGAACAGGCAAGUCACGUUCUUAUUUUGCGUACCUAAUUGCUGUAUUACAAUAAGGCAGCUAACAUUUUCACAAGGAGGGGUGGACAAUGGCUCACUCGAUGUCGCUCUCCUGAUGGGUUUAUUUUAAGCCCUCAUCUUCCUGGGGUCCUUCAAUUUAUUUAAAUACCAUCAACAAUGUAUUCCCAAUUUAUCAAAUGUAUUUUAUGACUACUGCUAUUUUGUAUUUUUCAUUUCUAUGAUUCUCUUUUUGAGAUAAUCAAUGUGCACUAUAGGGGUAGUUUUUUUCAAUUUUGUAUAUUUUGAACAAAUUGCAUUAAAGCUUUUGAUGUG